GAUAGGACAAGAGUGAGAGAGGCAGAGAGACGAAAAGACACAAAACUUGUGACUUGACAAAAGAGGGCAGGUACCAGAGGCAGGACGAUGAAGGCCGGCGCAGGACUCUUCUCUGCAUUGGCUCUGUUCCUCCUGAUGGGGGCAGUGUUCACUCAGAGACUUCGGCCAAAGAAGCCCACAAGGCGCCCAGCCACCACCAGGAAGCCUUCUGUCCCCAAGCCUGCUGUACCGGCACAGCCAGAGCCCCAGGAGCCCACAGACUUUCCCCCACCCAUCCUGGGCCCACCCUCCAGCUUUGCUGACUGCCCACGAGAGUGUUUAUGCUCCCCAAACUAUCCGGACUCUCUCAACUGUGAGAACCGGAACAUCCGUGUGAUCCCUGUCAUCCCACCCAGAACCCACUACUUGUACCUGCAGAACAACUACAUCUCAGAAGUGACAGCAGAGCCAUUUGUCAACGCCACUGACGUCCGUUGGGUCAACUUGGCAAACAAUCGCAUUCAUCGAAUAGACAAACAGGUAUUUGAGAAGAUCCCGGCCCUGCUCUUUCUCUAUGUGCACCGUAACCAGCUAAAAGAGGUCCCUUCAGGUCUCCCAGCAAGCCUAGAACAGCUCCGCCUUGGUAGGAAUCGUAUUUCCAAGAUCCCUGCUGGUGCCUUCAGUAAGAUGGGGAAUCUGACUCUGCUUGACCUGUACCACAACCAGCUGAGUGACAGUGGCCUGGGAAGGAACACAUUCAAGGGCCUGAACAACCUCAUGCAGCUCAACCUGGCUCACAAUGUCCUGAAAAAGAUGCCUGAGGGCAUACCUAGUAGCCUCAUUCAGCUUUUCCUGGACAAGAACCGUAUAGAUGACAUCCCAAGAGACUACUUCAAAGCCUUCACUCACCUGGCGUUUGUGAGGUUGAACUACAACCAGCUGAGUGAUAAAGGAGUUCCCAAGGCUGUGUUCAACAUUUCCACCCUGCUGGACCUGCAGCUGGCCCACAACCAGCUGGCCUCUAUUCCUCUCUUCAACGGUCACCUGGAGCACCUGCAUCUCAACCACAACAGCAUCGAGAGCAUCAAUGGCACACUGAUGUGCCCUUACAGCCUGCAGGCUGAACUGAGCGAUCACAGCCAGGUGCCCAGACUAAGGUACCUGCGUUUGGAUGGAAAUCACCUGAACCCCCCCAUCCCUCUGGAUGUCAUCAUGUGCUUCAGACACCUCCACUCUAUUGUCAUUUAGGAGAAAUGUGCCUCAUGGCUUGGGGGCAUGCACACACAUGUAAACCACACACAUGCACAUACUGUAUACACACACAAAGACACACAGAGUCACUGUGCGCAAAGUGAAAUCAAGGCAAAACAGGCUCAGUGAAGCAGCACAAGGUGUAUCCACCGUAUAUACUGUGGAAAUGUGUUAUUGAAAGAGGGGCUCCAGAAAAAAUAAAAAACAACUGUAAAUCUUUGAUUUAGGGAUAGUGGAUAUGCUGACAUUUAGGGUUAGGUUUUUGUAGGAGUAACAGUUUAUCCAUCAUUUUUUGUUUAUAAAAAAAAACUAGAUUGAGUAAAGCCUGAAAAUACAGGUACAUUGACAGACGCUACAGAUGUGGAAGGUAGUUAUUUUCACUCGCAGAUGUGAUCAGAGUAGAGCUGCCACCAUUACGAACAAACAGACCUGCAGUGGAUGUCAGAAGAACCAGUUUAAAACAUAACUACCAUGUAGUUGAAACUGUCCCAAAUGUGCCUGUGAUUUUCAAGGUACUCCAUGUAAAAAUGUCAUUUUAUUCUUUUUAUUCUAAGUCUUCUGUAUAUUAUUCUUCUGUAUAAAGAAGCUUUGUACAAAUAAUGGAAAAUAAAACUUUUUCUCUGAUCCUAA